AUGGAUAAGAGUUGGAUGGACGCUAAAAGGAGUUCUGAAGAAUACCUCCAUGGGAUUGACUCAUUUGUGGAGUUUGCUGCUCGCACAGCAUGUCAAGGGAGGAUCUCAUGUCCUUGUAGGAAUUGUAGGCAUAGACAUAUGCUUGAUGUAGAGGCCGUGCAUGAUCACUUGUACUCAUUUAGGAUGGUGAAGAAUUAUAGAACUUGGGUGUUUAAUGGGGAAUUUGAGUCUACACCGACCACUACUGAAGGUGGAAGUAGUUGUGUGCAUGAGACUUUGGAUCAAUAUGGCGAUUUCCAUGGGAUGUUGCAUGACUUACACCCCAUGCAUAAUAUGGCAUCGGAUUCAAUGGACGAAGGUCCUAGUAUGCAACACAGUCCAGAUGGUCCUUCUGUGCAACAACCAGUUGAAGGUCCCAAUGAUGAUGCAAAAAAGUUUUACGACCAAAUACAAGAUGUGAAGAAACCUUUAUACAAAGGGUGUACAAAAUUUAGCAUAUUCUCAGUCAUUGUGGUUUUGUACCACUUAAAGACUCUUUGUGGUUGGACUAACAAAUCAUUCACUUUGUUGCUUCAAGUCUUGCAAGAUAUGUUUCCUUCGGAUGCUAAGUUGCCAAAAGAUUGUUACGAGGCUAAGAAGAUAAUUACGGAUUUGGGUUUGGGUUAUGAGAAGAUUCAUGCUUGUCCUAAUGACUGCUUGCUUUAUUGGAAGGAAAAGAGUAACCUUGAUGCUUGCCUACAUUGUGAGGUAUCAAGAUGGAAACCACUUGAGUCUACUGUAGCUGAUAAGACACAGGCUUCAUCAAGCAAAAGUAAGAAGAAAGCUGCAAAGGUCCUUGGUUCCCUUUAA